AUGGAGUAUGUUCAAUUAUCUGAUGGCAAUUCAGGAACAGUAAUACCUUCCAACACAACCACAAGAUAUAAUAUUCAUUUAUCUAAUAGCAAUUCAGAAACAGCAACACUUUCCAGUGAUUCUCAAUAUGACCAUAUACUUCAAUCACACUCUGGUGAGCAAUCAUCUGAUGGCAAUUCAGAAACAGCAACACCUUCCAGUGCUACUUUAGCAACACCUUCCAAGUAUACUCAAUCAUCUGAAAUUUCUAUACAUAAAAGUCAAAAUAUAGAGUAUGCUCAAUUAUCUGAUAGCAAUUCAGAGACAGUAACGCCUUCAAAUGCAACCACAAAAUAUAAUAUUCAUUCAUCUGAUAGCAAUUCAGAAACAGCAACACCUUCUAGUAACUCUCAAUAUGAUUAUAUACUUCAAUCAUCUCUG